UCUAUAACAUUUCACAUACAGCUUUUAGAUUAGGCUACUUGCAGAGGAAGGGAGGAAGGCUUCAUGUAUUUGUGGGAAUAAAUUAAGCAUUCAAAAUCUUUUUUAUGAAGACAAAACAAAGCAUAUUAAUGCUCAAAUUGCAAAAAACGAGGUCUAAAAAAAUAUUCCCCAAACCGGUUAAAAUCCCGUGCUAUGCUUUGUGGGUAAAAGUGCGUCCCGGUGGUAUCCGCCCAUAUUCGAGUACAGGAGGCCAAACCUGAGCAGCUAAGGCCGAACAACGCCGGAUCAAAUGGAAAGUUCAAUCGAUUAAAUUGUCCACUUUUUCCCCCCUGCAUGUUCCCCUGCUUUGCUUCCGAGACGAGGUAAGACCGACUUUACAUGCUGAAGACGUUUUGGAGUGAAAUAGGAAAUGCAGAGAUCGAGUGAAAGCAGAGGAUUAUCAGCUUGACUUCUUUCGGACGCGGAACUCCAAACACAUCGCUAAAAGGUGAAUCAUGACAGAAUAUAAGCUGGUAGUGGUGGGAGCUGGUGGUGUUGGCAAGAGCGCUCUUACUAUUCAACUCAUCCAGAAUCACUUUGUGGAUGAAUAUGACCCCACCAUCGAGGACUCGUACAGAAAGCAGGUCGUGAUAGACGGUGAGACGUGUCUGCUGGACAUCCUGGACACUGCAGGUCAGGAGGAGUACAGUGCCAUGAGGGAUCAGUACAUGAGGACAGGCGAGGGCUUCCUCUGUGUCUUUGCCAUCAACAACACCAAGUCCUUUGAGGACAUCCACCAUUAUAGAGAACAAAUAAAGCGGGUGAAGGACUCCGAAGAUGUCCCCAUGGUGCUGGUGGGGAACAAGUGUGACCUCCCGUCCCGGACAGUGGACACCAAGCAGGCUCAGGAUUUAGCACGCAGCUACGGCAUUCCCUUUAUUGAGACCUCGGCCAAAACCAGACAGAGAGUGGAAGAUGCCUUUUACACUUUGGUACGGGAGAUCAGGCUGUACCGGGUCAAUAAGCUCUGCAAGGAAGAAAAGACGCCGCGCUGUGUCAAGCUUAAAAAGUGUGUUGUGAUGUGAAAGGGGGCGUUGACGAUGCCUUUUACACAUUAGUGAGAGAAAUCCGGAAGCAUAAGGAGAAGAUGAGCAAGGAGGGCAAAAAGAAGAAAAAGAAGUCCAAGACAAAGUGCACACUCAUGUGAAUAACAGCCCCCCCCCCUUUUCAAGACAGACUAAAACAAACUAUGUUGAACAGUUACAGUAAUACAUUUUGUACAUUACACUAAAUUAUUAGCCUCUUCUCAGUACCCACCAUAUUGAAUACUAAAACCUGACCCCCCCCCCCCACUUUUUCUGCCUUUAUGUCGUUUGCUAUGAGGACACCAAUAAGCUUUUAUUUUCAGUUCAGUGCCAGUUGCCCACACGUGUUGGUCCUACAGCCAUGAUGAUGUUUGAUUGGGUAAUUCUUUUUUUUUAUAUAACCACAGAGCUGUGAACGAAUCGCAUCACAGCUCCUGUUUCACUUAUAAUUCAUUCGCAAUUUGAAUUGUUUAGUUGUUGUUUUUUUUUUUUUUUUUCCUUUGCUUAAAAAAGGUCAUGACCUGCUAAAGUCCUGUCGUGCUCUUUUAAAGUCUGGGAUGCCAAAGAAUGAAUUUUUGCUCCCAAUUUCCAAAUCUUAAAAAAGAGGACCAACACCCAGCCAGAUGAGAUCCAAAAUGUCACAGCCACUGUGUGACGUCCCCCGUCUCUAGGUCUUCACUUAGUGUCACUGAUAUAAGUAUGCAUGCAAACUUCUACUCUUCUUCUCCCCAUGUGUUAACACCCUAAUUAGCCCCCCCCAAAAAAAAAAAUAAUAAUUUGUUGAUGCUUUGUGCUAUGUGGGGAUUUCUUGCCUACAUGAGACGUUUUGUGUUUGUCUUCUUUUCUGCAUGCAUUGUGUUCUAACAUGACAUGGGGGGGUUUUUGCAUCAACUGCCUCUGGUGGAGUCAGAAACGAGGAACUCUGACCCGAGUCCAUAUCAUACAUUCAUUCAGUCGUCAAGUUCAUAGGAAGGAUUCAGGACUUUGCUUUAAGUGAGAAACGAAAAUUUGCCACUUCAAUUUAAAAACCGAAUCAGAAAAAAACCAGUCGAUCACUUUUUAGGGACUAGCAGCAAAACUGGUUUUGUUUUGACCAGAGUCACUUUCAAUGUAGCAGGGAUUCAUGCCAAGUCACAACUGAUGUCCAACAGCUUUCUUUUUUUUUUUUGACCUCACAGGUCCUCGUUGUUCUGUAAGGCACAACCACAGGAUGCUUUUUCUUUCAUCCUGAUAAAAAAUGUUUUAUUGCCUUUUAUGACAAAAAAAAAAAAGUCUUGUCAUCCUCCUGAUCGAGGUGAUCAAAUUGAAACUUUAAGAAGCCUUUUUAUCAGCUUAUUCAUGUUCAGCAGGUUUAGAAUUUGUGAUUUUUCCAGUAGCUAUAGCCACACACACACACACACACACACACACAUGUCAUGCCUUGUCCAGUUUUCUAAGCUGUCGACUGUUUUCUCAUGACGGGGUCAGACAGCAGAGAGCGUCUUCAAAGCGCUCUCAGGAGGUCUUCCUCUCGGUGUCACAGAGGUCGUUCCAAAUGGAUUUUCACAUUCUUCCCUUUGCUUCUGAAAGAGUUUUUUUUUUUUUUUUUUUUUAGAUUAGUUUCCUAAAGUGUUGAAAUAGUUUGGAGGGGCUGCCUUUUCAACAGAGAUGAUUGUCCAGCAGAAAUUAGUCAUUUUGCUCUCUCAAAGCUUGUUUAUUGAGGUGAUGAUGUAACUGGAACUGAUGUGUGGAAAUGAGGCAAUAAUUGCCGCAAAAUUGGUUUUUAGAGAAAAAAGGUCUGAAUACUAAAAAAAAAAAAAAAAAAAAAUUAGCUUCCCCCCUCUCUGGGUUAAACAAUACUUCACCUUUUUCCAUCUUAUUUACAAGCUGCUCUCCUCGGAUUUUGAUUGGCCCUCUUAUGUUUGCAGUAGGUGCUACUUUUUAGGUAGACCGACGACGACGUGUGCUUCGUCCUGUGCGCUCAAACAAUUCACACAAACGCUGUCUUAAGGGAGCGAUGUGGUCCACACACAAAAAUCUACUUAUUAUUCAUCAUGCUUUUCAGGAUUAAUGAAUUUGACCCAGUUUAUUAUUAUUACCUCUUUUUUUCAUGAAGUCGAUAAUAACAGAUCAUUAUGGAACCCCUCUUUGUGAACAAUACUGUCUCAAAGUAGUCUAACUGAAAUGUUCCUCUUCCUUUAUUGCGUGCCAACAGCUGAUUUUCUGAAAUGUAUCAUUUAUACCUGGAUCAUAUUUUAACAACCUUUGUAUAGUUGUGAUACUGAAAGGUGCAUAUUUUGUAAAUUUGUGCUUCAUUUCGUCGGUGUGUCUAAAUGAAUGUUGCUUUAAUGGAGGUCCACUCCGCUCUGUGUAUGUGACUAGAGAGUGUGUGUGUGUCUGGGUCCAGGUCUAUAGGGAAGUGAAUGAAUGACCACUUCACAGCACAACCUGUUGUGGGCAGUGUCGAGUGGUGAUCUGAUCUCAAAACGAGUCUAUUUUUUGCCAUGAAUCUCACCACUCCUAUUUAAUGUGUAAUAAAGAACAAAGAAAAGAGGAACUUCA